AUGGAGAAGCUUAUUUCAAUAAGGAGCAACAUUCAGACUGUGCCAGAGUCUUAUGUCUUACCCCCAGAUAGGAGACCUGGGAAGCAAGAUGUUCCUCUCUGCAAGACCAUCCCAGUGAUUGAUCUUAAAGGAGAACAUGCUCAUGACAAGGCAGAGUUGAUUCAGAAGAUUAUAAAAGCUAGCCAAGAAUUUGGAUUCUUUCAGGUGAUCAAUCAUGGGGUACCAGAGGAGUUAAUGCGCAAUGCUUUGAUGGUGGGCGCAGAGUUCUUUGAUAUGCCUGCAGAGGAGAAGGCAAGCUUUUACUCUGAGGAUCCAAAGAAAAGUUGUAGAUUGUACACGAGCAUUGAUUAUGUAAGAGAGAAGGUGCAUUUCUGGAGAGACACUUUUCGGCACCCUUGUCAUCCUCUAGAGGAUCAUGUAAAAGAUUGGCCCGAAAAGCCAGCUCGGUACAGAGAGGUGGUUGGAAGCUAUGCAGUUGAGGUGAGGAAGCUGGGCAUGUGGCUUCUCGAUCUGAUCUGUGAAGGAAUAGGACUCAAACCAGGAUAUUUAGGGUCUGGACUAAGCCAAGUUCAGCUAAUGGCUCUGAAUCAUUAUCCGCCAUGCCCAGACCCAAGCUUGACCUUGGGAUUACCUAAACACAGUGAUGUCAACCUUAUCACCCUUCUUAACCAAGGAGAGGUAAAUGGCCUUCAAGUUCUAAAAGAUGAAAGAUGGCUUGCAGUUGAGCCUGUUACCAAUGUAUUUGUGGUUAACAUAGGCCACAUGCUACAGAUAAUUAGCAAUGGGAAGUUGAGGAGUGCUGAUCAUCGAGUUGUAACGAACACAAGUGUUGCUCGAACAACUGUCGCUAGCUUCAUCUUUCCUUCCAGUGACAGCCUUGUCGAACCUGCAAGACCACUGACUAACAAAGGCAGUCCUCCGCGCUAUAAAGCAUUUAUAUGUAAAGAUUUUGUUAGCACCUAUAUAGCAGAUACCCAUGAAGGAAAACCACCACUUGAACGUUACGAGCUUGACCCUUGA